AGGCUGUCAGUGCGAGGGCUGGAGAACGUCGGCGAGUUGGAUAGAGAUGGCAGCUAUCGUGGCCUACAGCCGGCUGGCAGCUGCUGCGCUGGGCUCGCUAGGCUCUCGGCAGGGAAUGGCGCCCUGGUUGGGCCUACUGGGCUUGCGCCUCGCUUCCCUGCUGGUAGCAGGCCGUGCAUGGACUGACUUCCGGUCUGACUUCAUCUGCAAUGCCACGCUGGGCUCUUUCUGCGACUCUGCCUGUUUUGAUGCCCGCUUUUCCUUCCCUAUGUCCUCUGCUUGGGACCUGGGCUUCCUGCUGGUGGUCCUCCCUGUUGGCUGUCUCUAUCUGCUGUCCCCGCCGAUAGUGGGAAGCACCCUUGGCCAUGGAGGCUCGCCGCCUCCUGCAGCACUGGCCUGCUGUAGCCUCGCGCUAGCCCUAGUGGAGGGCGGCGUGCUGGGCCUGAUGGCUGGUCUGCAGUUGCCCCAGACCUGGCCUGGGGAUUGCCAGCUGCCUGCCAUCUGUGCCAAGAUGGACCCUUCUGGUGCUGCUGUCCACUGCUGGCUGGAGGGCUGGGCUGAGAAGGUGGGCGCCAUGGCCGCCCUGGGCUUCACCUCUGCCUUAAACUUGUUGGCUGGUCUGCUCUGUGCUGGGGCCAUGCUACUGGGCCAGACUGGGAGGCAGGCCUGAGGGAGGGGAGCUGGGGAUGUUCAGCUCCAUCUCCCCCUCACAACCCCUCUUUCCCACCCUUUCACCCUCAAUCUCUCCCUCUCCUCCUCUCACCCUUGCUCCAAAUUUCUUCCCUCUGUACCUCUCUCUCUCUCUCCAUCUUGCUUUCCCCUUUCUUCCCUGACUCCCUUCUCCUUAUCCAUCUUCCCCUACCCAUGCCUCUCCCCUCCCCUUCCUUUCCUCAAUCCACCCUCUUCAUUCCUCUCCCACCCUUUCCCUCUCCCAUCUUCCCUCCAUCCCAAUCCCUCUCCCUCUUUUCCUCUCCUUCCAUUUUACUAUCGCUCUCCCUCUCACUCUCCAUUUCUUUGCCUCUUGCUCCGUCCUCAAUCCUGCCCCUUUCCCUCCCUACUUUCCUCUGUUUCCCUCCUUCCUUUUAUCCCUCCCAGUUCCAUAUUUUCCUCUAUUCCCCUAUUUUCUUUGCCUCCUACCCCAUCCCUCUGUUUUUCUCCCUCUCAUUUACCCCUACUCCCCUCCUCUCCCCCUUCACUUCCUUCCCGCUGUGCUGCCAUCCCUAACUCACCAUUUCCCUCCACCAACCCCACACAUCCCUCCCCUUUGCCCAAUUCGCCUCUCCAACCAGCUCGCAGGCCCUGCAGGAACAAUGGACAUGAAUCCGUCCUUGAGGAAGUUGUCAAUCAGUGGACUCCAUGGGGCCACAUUUCUGGGGAGAAGGGGUGAAUACCACGACGUUGGAUAUUACAUCAUGAGCAAGGUGGACAGCCAGUCAGCAUUGGAUAUGGUGUCAUGGACAACGAGUCAGCAGCAUCGACUGGAUAUUGAUACAAAGCACUGAUCAAUAGUCUGAAUUGCAUAUAACAUUAUUGCUAAGACAACAAUCAAUCAAUACGUAUAUUUGAUAUGACAUCACAAGCAUAGAGUUUGUGUUUUCUGUUUGUUUUGCACCACAUUGCUCUUUGUGGAGUAUUUCUUUUGCCACUGGGUGGAAACUCAAAGCAGGGUGACUCUAAAGUAACAUAGUUCUCCGUUUGAAUGUGACUUCAGGUAUCUUUGGGGUCUCAUGACAUGUCCUCCCAGAUGUGGGAAAUGAGCUUGUGAAUUUUUGACAGAAGUUGCCCCGCCAAUGUCUGCUGCAAGAGAAAUUCCCUAAAAGCUAACUUGCAGGUUGAUUCAGUGGUACGGAAGGCAACCGCAAUGAUAACAUUAUUUGAGAAGGCUGGAAUAUAAAGUCAAGGAUAUCCAGCACAGUAAGGCAGAGGCUUUAUUAGGCAUUGACCAGCCUGUACUUGGAGCCUGAGCCCUUUAUCAAAGAAAGGAUUGCUGCAUUGGAUUGAGCCCAGAGAAGGUUCAUGAGAAAGAUCCCGGGAAUGAAAGGGAGUAUUCUGCAGUUAUGUGAAAAUAGCAGAUAUUAAUUCAAGGAAGAACCUGGCUUCAGUUCUUAUUAUAAAUUGCAAGCAGUAAAUUGAAGCACAGGCUGGCCCAGAGACAAAAAGAUAUGGUUUGUAAAUGGUGACUGUGGGAUGUUUGCUAGGUGAUAAGAUAAUGAGGUUGUAUUAAUGGGCUUGCAUUCCUCGGGCAACUGUGGGGUUAAUAUUAGUAAUUUGCACCCUUGUAGACAAGUCCCAGGAAGCUUGCAGACCAGACUGAUACUCUCUGUGUCAGUUAGUUUGUUCCAGCAAAGCUAUUUGAACAUUCAGAGGGGUCUCUCACUGUAGAUAUGAAAUUCAAAGGAAGCAUUGUCAACCCAAAGUAUUGAAGUAAACAAUGUUAUUGUAACUAUUGAAACUACAGUUACCAUACCUCAUAAGGGUAUAAAAAUGUAACUAUUUUGAGUUGGUGAGACUCUACCAUGAAUAUCUAUAGAAGAAUGCCUGCUUGUUGUGAUGAAUAAAGGCU